UGUGCCUGGCCUUUGUAAGUUACUGAGGGGGAAAUGGCAGGAAGUUAUGAAGCAAGUCAGUCAACUGUAUAUGCUGUAGAGCCAAUUGAUCAGGCAGCAGUUACAUUUAAGAACUGUCUGGAGCUGGACUGACAUCAACAAAGACCAUUGCAUUAAGAAGGAUGCUUAAUCUGCGGGCGGCACAGAGCCAGUUUACCCAUGAAGUGCGAGAGCCAGGGCUGUAUGUCUGGAGGGUUGAGAAGAUGAGGGCUGUGCUCCUUGAACCAUCACAGAGGGGAAUCUUCUACAAUGGGGAUGCAUAUAUUGUGCUCAGCAACCGUGGAAAAGAUGGAAGUGACCUACACAUGUGGAUGGGUGAGAAGUCGUCCCGGGAUGAGCAGGGUGCUUGUGCCAUGCUUGCCACUCAACUGGACAGCUUCUUGGGAGGAGAGCCGGUACAACACCGACAGGUGCAAGGAUACGAGUCACCUGAGUUCAUGGGACUCUUCCCUAAAGGAGUCAGCUACAAGGAGGGUGGGGUGGAUUCUGGGUUUAAGAGUGCCAGGUCCAGGACUGGCCCUGUUACACAUCUCUACCAAGUCAAAGGAAAGAAAAACAUCCGUGCAAGAGAGGUGGCGCUUAGCUGGGGGAGCUUCAACAAGGGCGACUGUUUUAUACUGGACCUUGGAGAGACUGUAGUCGCAUGGAGCGGUUCCAAAGCCAAUAUGUUUGAGCGUCAGAAGGUGCGUGAGAUAGCAAUGCUGAUCAGAGACACUGAAAGGAAUGGGAAAGCUCACAUCAUCGAUGUGACAGAGGGAGAGGAACCACUGGAGAUGGUUCAGGCACUUGGUCCAAUCCCAGCUCUGAAGGACAGCUCAACAGAGGAAGACACUGAAGCAGACGUCAUUAAUUCUGCUUCCCUUUACAAGGUGUCUAAUGCGACAUGCCAAAUGACCUUGACAAAACUGUGUGACAAAGGCCCUUUCAGUCAAGAGCUGCUGGAGAAAGAUGACUGCUUCAUCCUGGACAAUGGAUCUAGUGGGAAGAUUUACGUUUGGAAAGGUAAUGGAGCCAAUGCAGAGGAGAAGACAGUUGCCCUGAAGGUGGCAGAUGAGUUUAUUACAGAAAUGAACUAUCCCAGGAUGAGAACACAGGUGGAAAUUCUCCCUCAGGGACGUGAAUCGGUCCUCUUCAAACAGUUCUUCAAGAGCUGGAGUUAAACACACACCAACAUAUAGGAUGUACUGUAUGUAGAAAAUGAUACUCAUUUUGUAUAAUCACAUAGCAUACUAGCUUAGCUUAUCUGUUGCUACUCUUUGCUAUUAGCCAAAACAUGCUUGUUUGAUCCCAGGUAUUGUGAAGACUUGGAUGGUUGACAUUUUUAUUCAGGAACUGCCUAUUUAAUAAAUAAAAAUACAUUUGUGAAUUGUUGAUUCUGUCACAUUCAUAAUGCUUUGCAUUAAUAUAAAA